CAUGCUCUCUGGAGUCAGCCAUCGAGGGUUCCCCUGCACUUCAGUGACGGACAGAUCACAGCUGAGAAGAAAACCUACGUUUACAAACUUUGGACUGAGGAAUUUAAGCCCCCAAAAACGUCGCUUCAGUGGUUGAAUGCUGCCUUCACUGACACGACGCGAUUGGAAUGAGAAGACGCGCAAAAAAGUUUUUAUCAAGACGACGAGUUCAGGAUGCAAUGGUUAUUGUUCCCCAAUGUAUUAGGCCUGCUGGUUUGUUUCCACAGCUAUGACAGUGUUUCAGCCUAUACCCUUGAAACUAGAAACCAGACAUACGCUGAUUCCUACUAUCAGUAUGUGCCUGAUCGCCUGCAGUGGAACAGUGCAGGAGAAUGGUGUAACCAGCGUUUUGGGGCCUUAGUCACUGCCUCCAACCCUGCAGAGAAGCAAGAGCUAGCCAGCUUUUUAAAAUCCCUGAACAUCUCUCAGCCUGUGUGGAUUGCCAGGAAAGCCAUGACACGUCUGACAAGUUCCACUGAGACUCUGAUUCUGGAGUUCAACGAGCGCUCGAACAGGAAGCAUGCCCGUCUCCUGCACACGUUCCCCUCCAUGGACUCUGUGACUGUUUGCACCCGUCUUCGCUUCAAUCCAAAUUGCUCUGGAAUCUCCGCCGUAUUUUCUUAUUCCAUCCAGUCAUAUAUUAAUGAGUUCCAGCUCCGCGUGAACCUGAUCCAGGGCAGGUCUGUGAAGCUGGCUCUGCUGGUCCACGGCAUUCAUGGAUCUUAUGUGGAGGCCUUUGACCACGACGACUCCUGGCACUCUGUGUGCGUUUCUUGGAGCCAGAAUGGUGGACGAUGGUCACUAUUUGCUGACGGCCUUGUGGUCUCUAGGGAUGAUCGCCUAAGUUCGAACAGCAUUGGCCCAAACGGCCUUUUCAUCAUCGGACAGGAGCAGGACACCUUUGGGGGUUCAUUUAAGAGGGAUGAGUCAUUCUCAGGGAGCAUCACCGAGCUGCACAUAUGGGAUCGGGUGCUGAACAGCAGUGAAAUCUACACCAUGGAAAAGCUGUGUUCACCCGUUUCCUCUGGGCUGGUGUUCAAGUGGAGUGAAGCAGCCAUGAAAAUAGACCCCUCCCUUACGCAGCUGCGGAGAGACAGCCCAUGUCAAGGAAACCUCAGUAUGUUAGCAAGUUCAUUCUUGGAUUCCUUCCUGGACGGAAAUUCUUUGGAGAAUCAAACGAUCAAAUUUGAGUUAUUCCACAGCCCUGUGCCCAAAGAAGAGUGUGGCAUCUUUGACCCUGUUACUGGGAGCUGGGACUUCGACAAAUGUGACUCAUUCAGAGGGGCCGUCUGCCAGUUUAGAAAAGAAGUGGUGGAUGUUAUCAGUUUACCACUGACACCAUUCUUCAGUAGGCUGACCAAGAAUCCUCUGACAAAACCUGUGAUGGAGGAGCUGAGCGUUAAUACCUCCUCAGGCAGAGAUCUGGCCUUGUUGCAGCAGCUGACCCAAGCAGUCCUGCAUACGGUGGAAGCUGGCGACCCAAACCUUCUCACCUCCAGUGACGUCCUCUACCUCACACAGAUGAUUGAGAUGGACCUGACUGCACUGACUAGCUCUCACUCUGCUGGAGCUGACGCAGCAGAAGUCAUGGUGUCUAUUGCUACCAACUACCUAAAGAUGGCAAGUUUGAUGCUGGAGCCCCAGAUGGCUUCACAGUGGAUGGGCCUGACAGAGGAUGGGGUCAGCGUGGGGCCAUUCACUCUUGUCCGGAGCAUUGACAGUCUCACUGAAACUCUUGCUGACAUGCUGUCUGCUGAGAGAAGGGGCUUCACACUUUCUACCAAGAACAUAGAUGUGUAUAUGAAGUGGCAGAAGCUGUCUGAAGAGAGCUGCAGUCAAGUCUUCAAGCCAUCUGUGGUCGGCUCUCGCACCGCCAGCAGCCGUGGUCAGGAUGAGUUGCUUAUCCCUGACACUGAGCUCCAGAGGAUACACACACUGGGGUAUGAGGAAGUGAUGUUUAUUCAUACCCACUACAGCCAUCUGAGUGAGAUUGUGUCUGGAGCCCAGGGGCCUCCACAGAGUCACCAAGAGAAAGGGAAAAGAAUCCUCCCGGGUCACCUGGCUUCUGUUGUCAUAUCAGCAACCGUCCGUCAUGCCUCCAAGGGCCAAACCAUCCCUGUGGCCGUCAAAUACACCCUUUCCUCAUCACACGUGGUGGAGUAUUCACAGCGAGUCACUCCUGUUUGUGCCUUUUGGAAUUUCAGCUUAAUGCAUAAUCAUACCAAUAGCUGGUCCAGUGAUGGUUGUCGGGUAACUUUUGCCGGCUCUGGUGUCACUUCCUGUCUAUGUAACCACACCACCAACUUUGCAGUGCUGAUGAAUUACCUGGAGUCAAAGUGGAGUCCUGAGGAAGAGCUUAUUUUAACCAAACUGACGUUCAUCGGCUCUGGCGCGUCUCUGUGUGCACUGGUGGUGACCUUGAUGCUGUUUACUGUGCUGGAUAUCCCCAAAUCCGACAGGACGUCCAUCCAUAAGAACCUGUUCAUUGCUCUGAUCUGUGCCCAGGUGAUUCUGCUCUGCAGCGGCUCGGCCAUUCACAACAAGGUGGCGUGCACACUUGUGGCCGCGCUGCUGCAUCUCUUCUUCAUGGCAGCAUUUAGCUGGAUGCUGGUGGAGGGUCUGCUGCUCUGGAGCAAGGUGGUCGCAGUCAACCUAAGCGAGGAUCGUCACAUGAAGUAUUACUAUCUCAUCGGCUGGGGUCUGCCGGUGCUGAUAGUCACCAUCACGCUGGCAUCAGCCUCAGGCAAAUACUCGGCCGACGGCUACUGUUGGCUCAGCGUCCAGAAUGGCAUCAUCUGGGGCUUUGCUGGGCCCGUCAUCUUCAUCAUCAUGGUGAAUAUCAUGGUACUGACCAGGGUGGUGGUCAUCACCAUCUCCACAGCCAAGAGAAGGUCGAUCAUGUUGGCCAUGGGCGCAAGUCCUGUGGAUCAAGCCUAUGAACAAAUCAGGGCUGCAGUGAAAGCAGUGUUGGUGUUGCUGCCUAUCCUUGGAUUGACAUGGCUGUGUGGUGUCUUGGUGCCUUUUUCCAUCGUCAUGGCCUACAUCUUCAUCCUCCUAAACUCACUACAGGGCCUGUUCAUCUUCCUGAUAUAUGGGGUGUACAACACAGAGGUUCGAAGCACGGUCAACAGGAUCAAGGAGAGGAGAGAAAAGCGCUUAAUUUUUCAAACUGCGCCAGUUCCCGUCCAUCCAGCUCAGUUACCAGCUCUCGUCCUGUCAGUUUCCCACUUGGAGCUACACCGAGCCAGGAAGAAGAGGUCACCCCUGCAUACACUUGCAGCAACACCUCCAGCCCGGGAAAGGAGGAGGACAGGACCAGAGGUCAGCUGUCCAUGCCUUGUGUUCCAGAGAGACUAAAAAACCCCUCGAGCCAAACCUCCAAAGGCACUCCUCUGCAUAGAAAGGGACCUCCUCCCUCAGAGAUGGAUGCCUUGCCGGCUGGUUGUAGUCUUCAUGUUCCCAUGGAGCUGGAGUUUACAGCUUCC